GAACCAGCAAGGUGAGCUCCAGAGCCGUGAAAACAGCCGAAACGCGCACUGCGUUUCGCAAGAUGGCGGCGCAAGCGCGGCAAUCCAUGGCUGCGCAGCGCGCUCGAGUGGCGCAGAAUCGCAUGGUCAUUCCAGCGCGGCAGCGGCUCUUGCCAAUGCCCACCUUCGGACGGCAACCUGUCUCCGUGGUGGCUGGGCAAGUGGUUAGCAUGCCAGAGGAUGCUGAUGUGGAGGUGGUUCAAGGACGAAUUGAACGGGGCCCGUGGCAUGAAACGGACCUGGAAAUUCCAGACAAUCUUCGCCUGGAACGGGGCAAUACAGGCCAGCUGGUGACCAAGUACAAAGGCUUGGGCCGCACUUUGAUGUUGAACUCCCUCAUCAUCAUUGCCCUGUAUUUCUGCACCAGUGCAGGAUUUUUCUAUUUUUCCAGUGACAUCCCCAGGACUUGCAAUGUGGACUUCAAAGCUAGCUUCAUUUGGCUGGGAAUUUGUGAAGCAGUUCUUGGAUUAACAAUGAUUUGCUUUCUGGGCGUUGCUCACCAAAUGCUUUGGGCGUUGUACCAUGGCGAAAUCGCCCAGAAGUACAGGCUCCAGUGUAGAGAGGAAGAAGCAGAGUCCGAGGAAAGCGACUUUGAAGAGCAGGCAGCGAGCGCCCGGAACUGUCUUCUGUGUCCCCGCUUUGUCUACUGCGUGGCCACGAUCUCAACCUUGAUGCUUUGGCUGAAUGGCGUGUAUCAGGCCAUGAGCGCGAAGGACGAGCUGUGCGGGCAUGCAGCCGAGGAGUUUUGGCUUUUAGCCUUCAUCACCAUGGCAACCACCUGCUAUGCCUCGGUCGAUUCCAGCGGCCGGAGCACGGUCUCUUUGUAGGCGAAACAGACAUUUUACUUGUUACUAGUAGCUUCUUGUUAGAUGCCGUUUGGCAGGUCAUUCUACCAUAUUACCGCCAUUGUUUUCGUGUGAAAGCAGUCCUUACAGCCAUCGCUUGAGAGUCCUAAAAGUCUCAACCAUGGGUGGACCCGAUGUGUUCUCAACCCAGUGAGGUGGUGUGAUACCUAUCGAAGACUAUCCGUUUUGUUGGUAUGCCGGACACAGCACAUACUAUACUCAGCAACAAAAUGGAGUACAGGGGUAUUCUUGUAAUUAUGUGCCGCUUCUUUUUAAACAGUGUUUGCAUCCUUUGCAGUAUUUUGUUUGCAGUGCAGAGUGUCUCAGAGCAGG